AUGACAACAGAUAUUGCUGUUAGAGGCCCUAUGGAGAAUGGAGGAAGUGGAGCUAUUGCAGACUAUACAGAGGAGAAUGGGGAUUAUGACGAUAAUUCAUCUUCGAGGCUUUUUGAACGCCAUAGAAUUAAAGCUUUGGCUGACGAGCGUGAAAAUGUACAGAAAAAGACUUUCACUAAAUGGGUUAAUUCUCAUUUGAUUCGCGUCAAUUGUAAAAUACAAGAUUUAUAUGCUGAUUUACGUGACGGUAAAAUGUUGCUCAAACUUUUGGAGGUGCUAUCUGGCGAUCGUCUACAACGCCCUACACGCGGCAAAAUGCGCAUUCAUUGUCUAGAAAAUGUGGAUAAAGCUUUGCAAUUUUUAAGAGAUCAACACGUUCAUUUGGAGAACCUUGGAUCGCAGGAUAUUGUGGAUGGAGCGCCGAGACUAACACUUGGAUUAAUUUGGACUAUUAUUUUGCGAUUCCAAAUUCAAGAUAUUACUUUCGAAGAUGUUGAUAACUUAGAAACUCGUUCUGCUAAAGAAGCUUUACUUCUUUGGUGCCAAAUGAAAACUGCUGGUUACAGAAAUGUUAAUGUUCGUAAUUUCACCACAAGUUGGAGGGAUGGACUUGCAUUUAAUGCUUUAAUUCACAAACAUAGACCCGAUUUAAUUGAUUAUGAUAAUAUGCAAAAAUCUAAUGCUUUGUUUAAUUUGAAAAAUUCUUUUGAUGUUGCAGAACAACAAUUGGGAUUGGCAAAAUUGCUUGAUCCUGAAGAUGUCAAUGUUGAACAACCAGAUGAGAAAUCUAUUAUUACUUAUGUUGUCACCUAUUAUCAUUACUUUAAUAAGCUUAAACAAGAAACGAUUCAAGGCAAAAGAAUAGGAAAAGUUGUUGGAGAAUUAAUGGAAAAUGAAGCUUUAGUUGAACGUUAUGAACAGCUUAGUUCUGACCUUUUGGAAUGGAUUAAAGCCAAAAUUGCUGAACUUAAUGAUAGACAGUUUGCUAAUUCUUUAAAAGGUGUACAACAACAAUUGGCCUCGUUUAAUGCUUAUAGAGUUGAGGAAAAGCCACCAAGAUUUCAGGAAAAAGGCGAACUCGAAAUGCUUUUAUUUUCCCUUCUUUCUCGAAUGAGGGCUAACAACCAACGCGCAUUUCUUCCACGGGAAGGCCGUACAAUUGGUGAUAUUAAUAGAGCUUGGAGAUCCUUGGAAAGAUCUGAACACGAAAGAGAAUUGGCACUUAAAGAAGAACUUAUUAGACAAGAAAAGUUGGAACAAUUGGCAACUAGGUUUGACAAAAAGGCGGGAAUGAGGGAAACUUGGCUACAAGAGAAUCAACGUUUAGUCAGUCAAGAUAACUUUGGAACAGAUCUGGCUAGUGUUGAAGCGGCUAAUAAAAAACAUGAAGCUAUUGAGACUGAUAUUUAUGCCUAUGAGGAACGUGUUCAAGCUGUUAUUUCUGUUGCUGGGGAAUUGGAAAUUGAAAAGUAUCACGAUAUUGGACGUAUUAAUGAUAGAAAAGAUCACGUUCUUGGCCUUUGGAAUCAAUUACUUGAGUUACUACAAGGACGUCGUCAACGUUUGGAAUUGAGUUUGACAGUUCAGAAAAUAUUCCAUGAGAUGGUUAAUGUUUUGGAUAUGAUGGAUGAACUUCGUGCCAAGCUUGAUUCCGAUGAACUUGGUCAACACUUAAUGGAUGUGGAAGAAUUAUUACAAAAACAUGCAUUAUUGGAAUCUGAUCUUAAUAUAAUCGCUGAUCAUGUCCAAAAUGUCAAUCGCCAAGCUGAACGAUUUUCUAGAGACGAUACAGAAGGCUACAAACCUGUUGAUCCAGCUGUCGUUAGAGAAAGAAUGCAAUUUUUGGAGCAAAGAUACAAAGAAUUAUUGGACUUGGCAGCUGCGAGAAAAGCUCGAUUGGAGGAUAAUAAACGACUUUGUCAAUUUAAUUGGGACUUGACUGACUUAGAAACUCAUUUUAAGGAACAAGAACAAGUUCUUGCCCAAAAAGAUACUGGUCGAGAUAUAUUCUCUGUUAACCGUCUUCUUGCCAAACACAAAAAUGCCGAGAAUAACCUUGCCGAUUUGGGCCGAGCACUUGAUGAUUUACAGCAACAGGGACAGCAAUUAGUUAAUGAACAAAUACCUGGAAGUGGUCCCGUUCCUCUAAGAAUAGCUGAAAUUCGUGCAUAUUAUGAUUAUUUGAAAAAGUUGGCAGAUGAGCGUAGAAAGGAGUUGGAGGGGGCUGUUGAAUAUUAUCAGUUCUUCCAUGAUGCUGAUGAUGUUGAUGCUUAUUUAUUAGAUACAAUGCGUGUUGUCUCCACAGACGAUGUUGGGCAUGAUGAACAAUCGGUACAAGCAUUGCUUAAGAAACAUGAUGGUGUUUCUGAAGAAUUGGAACGUUUCGGCAGGCAUAUUGCACAAUUGGAGGCACAGGCUCAGCAAUUGCCUGAACCGGCUCGAGCUCAACCUGACAUCCAGCAACGUCUGAGCGGCACACAAAAACGAAAAUACGAAUUAGUCGAAAUUGCCCGUCUUCGAAAACAACGUUUAAUUGAUGCCCUUUCCCUCUACAAACUUUUGGCUGACAUCGAUUCUGUUGAAUCUUGGCUAGACGAAAAGGGAAAAUUAUUGGCAACAUUUAUUCCUGGACCAGAUUUGGAAGAAGUUGAAAUUAUGAGGCAUAGAUUUGAAACUUUACAGGCAGACAUGGCUCAUCAAGCAGCCAAAGUCAGAACAAUAAACGAAUUGGCUAGGCAAAUGUUACAGGUUGAGCACCCCAAUUCUGAUGAAAUUUUGGCUCGUCAAAAUGCUCUCAACGCCCGUUGGGCCCAACUCAGAGAUAUGGUGGACUUGAAGAAGGCCGACUUAGAUCGUGCCCAUCGCUUAGAAACAUUCCGUAUUGACUGUCAAGAAACUGUUACUUGGAUUGAAGAUAAGACUAGAAUGUUGGCUGAUACUGAUGAAUUGACUGGAGAUUUGAGCGGAGUAAUGAAACUACAAAGAAGAUUGUCUAUGAUGGAAAGAGAUUUGGGGGCUAUACAAGCUAAAUUGGCUGCAUUACAACAAGAAGCUACGCAAAUUGAAAGGGAGAAGCCGACAGAGGCCGCGCAGAUUAGGGAGAGCAUUACAAGAAUACAUCAAGUCUGGGACAAACUUAAUAAAAAAGUCCGCGAACAAGAAGCAAAGCUGGAUGAAGCCGGCGACUUACAGCGCUUUUUACGCGAUCUCGAUCACUUCCAGGCUUGGCUCUCAGCCACCCAAAGACAGGUGGCGUCCGAAGACGAGCCCCAAUCAUUGGCCGAAGCAGAACAACUCCUCCAACAGCAUGCUGUCAUACGGGAGGAGAUCGAUGGCUAUGGAGAAGAUUAUCGAAAGAUGCGCGCAAUGGGCGAUAGGGUCACUCAAGACCAGACUGAUCCUCAAUAUAUGUUCCUGAGACAGAGACUUGGUGGAUUGGAGGAAGGAUGGGAAGAGCUUGGUCGGAUGUGGGAAAACAGACAACAGUUCCUCAGUCAAGGCUUAAAUCUUCAAUCAUUCUUACAAAAAGCCAAACAAGCCGAAGUCAUCUUAUCCCAGCAAGAGAAUCGUUUAGCCAGAGAAGAACAGCCAACUUCGUUAGAACAAGCAGAAAAUGCCCUCAAAAGGCACCAAGACUUCCAAACUACAAUGGAGGCUAACGAUGAAAAACUUCGUUCAGUUGUUCAGCUUGGGGACCAACUUUGUGCUGAUGGGCAUUAUGCAGCUGAUAAAAUACACAAAAAAGCUAGAAAUAUCGAGGAACGUCGUGCAGCAAACAGAGAAAAGGCCCAACAAGUUUUGGAUAAACUACGAGAAGCAUGGCAUGUCCAACAAUUCCUUUCUGAUUGUGAAGAAUUGCGUGAAUGGAUAGAGGAGAAAAUGAUCCGAGCUCAAGAUGAAACUUACCGAGAUGCCAAAACAAUAACAUCAAAAUUUAUGAGACACCAAGCAUUCCAAGCAGAAUUACAAGCAAACAAAGCUCGUUUAGAACAAUUACAUCAUGCUGCUGAACAUUUGGCAGAAGAAAAGCCUGAAUUUACUGGAAUAAUAGAUCCACAAAUGGUUGAAUUAGAACAACAAUGGGAACAAUUAGAAAAGACUACAGAGGAGAAGGGACAACGAUUAUUUGAUGCCAAUCGACAACAACUUUAUGUUCAAAGUAUUGGAGAAGUUCAGGACUGGGCUCAACAACUUGAACAACAAAUUGUCAGCCCUGAAGCUGCACCACCUCAGGAUCGUAUAACUGUAGAUGUUGCUAUGCAAAGGCAGAAGGAGUUGGAGCAAGAGAUGUCUAAGAACGUACAACAUUUGGAUUCUUUACAAGAAAUGGAACAAAAAUUGGAAGAAAUGCAGCCUGAACAAAUCGAACAAAUCCGUGCCCAUCGCAUUGCAAUUACUGAACAAUUACAAAGACUUCAAGCGCCAUUGGAUGAACGUCGUCGCAAUUUAGAACGUAAAAAAGCCGCUUUCCAAUUUAUGCGUGAUGUUGAAGACGAGAAACUUUGGGUAGCAGAGAGGAUGCCUAUAGCUGAAUCUUUAGCUAUUGGAGAUUCUUUAUUUGAUUGUAACAGACUACAAAAGAAUACUCAAUCAUUAAGAAACGAAGUAGACAACCACGAACCUUGGAUUAACCAAAUACGUUCAAAUGGGCAGAAAUUAAUUGAAGAAGGACAUGAGGAUGCCGAUAAAUUUGUUGAAAAAUUGAAAGAAUUGGAUAAUACUUGGGAAGGAUUAAAAAAUGUUAUUGAGGAAAGAAAACAAAGAUUAAAAGAUGCUGAACGUGCUCAUCAAUAUCUUUAUGAUUGUGCCGAAGCAGAAGCUUGGAUGAGUGAACAGGAAUUGUAUAUGAUGCAAGAUGAGAGGGGAAAAGACGAAUUCAGCACUCAAAACCAAAUAAAACGCCAUGAACGUCUUCAACAAGAAAUUGGUCAAUUUGCCACAAUAAUUAAAGAAUUAGCUUCUCGUGCCAAAAAUUUAAUUGACGAAGAAAGUCCCCUUAGCGAACAAAUUCAAUUAAGGCAAUCACAAAUUGAAAAAUUAUAUGCUGGUUUACAAGAUUUGAGUAAAGAGAGACGCAAAAGAUUGGAUGAAACUCUUCAGCUUUAUGAUUUACAUAGAGAAAUUGAUGAUCUUUUACAAUGGAUUGCUGAUAAAGAGGCAAAUUUUUAUUCAUAA